AUGACGGACAACACGUUACUCAUUAAAAAUUUAUGUCUUUGUUAUUGUGAAAACAAACCCGAGCUUAUAUCAAAAACUGUGAACACAAUCUCACAUCUUGUUCACAUUGAACAUCCGACGAUAUUUCAAGACGAGUUAAGACUACUUGAUAAAAUAUGGAAAUAUUUUGAAAAAUAUGGUAGAAAUCAAGAAUCGAUUCGUUUUGGACAAUCCUAUGCAAGAUUGAGUAAAUUGAAAAUUCUCAAGGCACGUUUGGAAACAUUACAAUUUCUCUAUAAUUUACGUAAUACCGCUAGUAGUGAACAUCGUCAUCAUGAUAGUGCGAACCAUACAAUCUCAUCUGCGUCCUCUAUUACCUCAUUUGAUAUGCCGACAUUCUCAUUACUAUCCACAACAAGAAUAAAAAAUGAUCAACAACAAAAUGGUAUCGGACGAAUUAAAUCUUCAACAUCAUUACAAAAACUUCUCCAUUACAACAGCAACAAUGGUCAUGUGGAUGAUGAUGAGGAUAGUAAUAUGGACCAUACAAAGUCAACAUUAUUAACGAACGGUGGUGGUGGAGAACUUGUACUAUUACGCCGUGAUGAUGAAACAAAAAUAUUAAAAGAACUGUUAUUUGGUUUACAAGGCAUCGAAACACGUUAUAUUAAUGGAAAUAAUGGAAAUAAUGGAAAUGAAACAACGACAACAACGACACUUGAUCGCUCUACGAAAGCAUUAGUUAAUCGAUUUCUCGAAUGUGGCUGGUUAUAUGAAAAAAUACGAAGAAUAAUUAAUUCACCAACAACAGGACUUGUUUCACAAGCAUUUGUAGCAAAUUUAUCAUCCGAAUUACGUGAAUAUCACCGACUGCUUGGUAAUGUAUUUGAUCCAACAGGACCUGUUUCGUUGAAAAAACUGCACGUAUGGUUAUCGACACCAAUGCAGCGUUUAAAAUCUAUCGCAUCGAUCAGUGAACUUUGUCAAGGGGGUGCUUUACUGUCACUAUUAUAUACUCAUCAACAACAUGGUGAUCCAUUACAGCAAUCAACAGUUUAUCCACUGUUGUAUAAUUGUACAGUGCCCAUACGCGAUAUGAUUGUGGAAUGGAUAUGUAAUGGAAUAAUCAACGAUCCUUACCAAGAAUUUUUUGUUUCAGUCGAUAAGAAAAUAGAUGAUGAAAAACUAUGGUAUGAAAAGUAUAGUUUACGGACGUCUAUGAUACCGUCGUUUCUCACAGAAGAACAAGCAGAAAAAAUUUGGAUUACCGGUAAAUCAAUCAAUUUUUUACGUGUAUUAUGCAAGGAUCGUACAGUUUUACAAGUUGUUGACACACCAGCAUCACCUGAAACUUUAUUUCAACAACAAUCAUCAACAGAAUUUCAUGAUAUGAUAAUAUCCGCUUAUAAUGAGACAACACGACAUUUACGACAAAUAUUAGAUGAAAAAUAUCAUAUGAUGGAUCAUUUCAAAGCCAUCAAACGGUAUUUGUUAUUAGGUCAGGGGGAUUUUAUUAAAUAUUUAAUGGAUCUGAUGGAAGUUGAAUUAAAUAAACCGGCAAAUCAAGUUUUCUAUCAUAAUUUACAAUCUUUAAUGGAUUCGGCUAUUCGUGUUACGAAUGCACAAUUUGAAAAAGAAGAUAUUAUCAAACGAUUAGAUCUAAGAUUAAUGUGUGUAUCAGCGUCCGAGUUAGGCUGGGAUGUUUGCUGUUUAGAUUAUAAAUUAGAUGGACCAUUGAAAACAAUAUUUACGGAAGAUAAUACACUAAGAUUCAUGAGAAUAUUUAAUCAUUUAUGGAGAGUGAAACGAAUGGAAUAUACAACAUGUGGAGUGUGGAAACAAUUGAUAAAAAAUUCUAGACGAUUUUCAUCGAUACCAGAAAUAAUUGAUUUAAUGCAUACCUGUUUUGGUAUAUCAAAUGAAAUGACACGUUUUGUUCAAAGUGUCAAUUAUUAUAUUAUGUUUGAAGUAUUAGAAUGUUCUUGGAGUGAUUUAUUAUCUAAAUUAAAAGAUGCCAAAGAUUUACAACAAAUUUUGGAAGCAAAUAAUGAAUCAUUAGAAAAAAUAAUUGUACGUUUAUUAUUAGAUGCUGAUGAAAAAAGUCAAGAUUUAGCAAAACAAUUACGAUGUAUAUUUGAUUUAAUAUUAAAUUUUGAUACAUUAACACAAAAAUUAUUUUUAACUGUUGAUAAUGAAUUGGAUGCGAGAUUAAAUUAUCAACAACGACAAUACAAUGAUCAAGAUGCUGAAUUACGACGAUUUCACCAUGUUUUCAAACCGGCAUUAAAAACAAUCAAAAGCGAAAUACAGAUAUUAAAAAAGACAUUCCGAGAUGCUGUACUGAAAUUUUUACAGCAGUUAAAAACUCAUCCCGAUGUUACCUUACGUUGUCUGAGUUUUCGUUUAAAUUUUAAUGAAUUUUAUAAAGUAUCAUGA